AUGUUAUUAGUUUCAGCUAAAAUAGACCCGCAAAAUUUAAAAUGUCUUGUGUGCCGACAGACUUUCGAAGAGUUGAAUAAGGUGAUCAUGAAUGUGGAUAAGUGGAAAAAAGUAGAUGUAGGAAACUUCAGGAUGGAUGCAAGCGGUAACACUAUGCAACAAAAGGUACCAGCUCAUCGCUCUGCUGUCUACAUAUCUGAACUUAUUGAUGACAUUUGCAAGAAGAUGGACGACUACGUGCGCGUGUACUACAAGUCCACGGGCAAGCUGGCCAUCAUGCUGCUGAUCACCGAGGACGGCAGCAUGAACCCCGAGUUCUCCAAGACCAAGUUCGUCACCGACGACGACCUCAACAAGAGCCUCGAGUACUACUGCGAGCGCAUGUUCGAGGACAACGAGGACGAGAUCACGGAGCUGUACAAGAACCGGCCCGAGGACGACGUGAUGCCCGACGCCGAGCGAGCCAUCUGCUUCAACCACACGAGGUACUGCGAGGAGUGGAUGCUGCCGAACGAGGAGGACACCACGUGGACGCCCGCGAUGGAGGCGGAGUACGUGAAGGUGCACGGGCCCGACCCCUACGGCUUCGGAGGGAUGCCCCCGCCGCCCGCCGACGACCACUUCGAGCCCGACGACGGCGCGGACGACCACGCGGACGACCACGGCGACGACCACGACCACGGCCACGACCACGGCCACGACCACGGCGACCGCGCGCACGCGGAGCUC